CCAUUGGUCUGAGGGCUACUACGUCAGAAACGUGGAUGCGGAAGCGGCUGGGGAAGGAAUAGAAGGGUUGAGUUUGGAUAUAGGAGGGAACAUUGGUGGACGGACUAGGUGCAUGGAGUUGGUGUCGAUGGAGGAUCAGGACUCCAGGGUCCCAGCCCUGGAACCAUUCAGGGUGGAGCAGGCACCACCUGUAAUCUACUAUGUCCCCGACUUCAUCUCCAAGGAAGAGGAAGAAUAUUUGCUUCGACAGGUCUUCAAUGCCCCAAAGCCAAAGUGGACGCAGCUGUCAGGGAGGAAGUUACAGAACUGGGGUGGGCUCCCCCAUCCCCGGGGGAUGGUUCCUGAGCGGCUUCCUCUAUGGCUCCAGCGCUACGUGGACAAAGUAUCUGACCUCAGUCUUUUUGGGGGUCUCCCAGCCAACCACGUCCUUGUGAACCAGUAUCUGCCUGGGGAGGGCAUCAUGGUAACUACACACUCUCACCCCAACCCCCAGACCUCUAAUCCAGGGUAUCUUGUUGACCCACCUCUACUCUCAUUAAGCAGCCACAUGCCUGAACUACCCCAACCAGGCAUUCACCUCCCUGUCCCCAGCUGGGGAGCCCCCCUUAAGCCUCAGAGGGUGGGAGGUGCAGACCCCUGCCCUGUCCAGCCCUGGUGCCCACUCCCCAGCCCCACGAGGAUGGGCCGCUGUACUACCCGACCGUCAGCACCAUCAGCCUGGGCUCCCACACCAUGCUGGACCUCUACAAGCCGCGGCAGCCAGAGGAUGAUGACCAUACAGAACAGCCCCGGCCCCCUCCCCGGCGAGUCACCUCGUUGCUGCUGGAACCCCGCAGUCUGCUGGUGCUCCGAGGCACCGCCUAUACGCGCCUCCUCCACGGCAUCGCAGCCGCCCAGGUUGAUCAGCUCGAUACAGCCUCCCUGCCACUCAACGCCGCUGCCUGCCAGUCAGCACAGCCUGGAGCCUGCUUGGUCCGGGGCACCCGCAUCUCGCUGACCAUCCGCCGGGUGCCCCGCGUGCUGCGCGCCGGCCUCCUGCUCAGCAAGUGACACCUGGCCCCAGGAUCCUCUAGGCUUCCCGGGCUAUCCACUCUGGACAGCUACGACCCUGCAACGUUGAAACCCUGGGGCAGAGGAGGCUCCCCUGAGUUAUUUAUUUUCCCAAUAACUUCGUGGGAACCAAAGAGAAAAGUCUCAUUUCAAAUAAACCAACAAAAAUCUUU